AUGGAUAACAACAAUACGAUUAAAGCUAACAAAUCAUCAUUCUCCAUUGACAACAUAUUGGAGCAUAAGUCACAAGCUAACGAUACCAAGAGACAAACACCACAAUCCCAUGGUUCCCAGUCAAGUCCUGGCAUUAGCACCUCACCAUCCAUUGGUCCAGGAACAGCCUUUGCCUCCACAUCUACCUCACCAUCCAUCUAUGAUUUAUCCCGCGAGGCGUUAGCUGCACAAUAUGCUCUUAAGAAUCUGGAGCCCAGCUCGGGAACACUUUUGUCGCCGACAACACUGCGCUUCAAUCCAGUUUACUCAGAUCCCGCCUCUUUAUUCUAUCAGCAAAUGCUAAAUCUACACAAGAAUUCUUCUCUCUUUAUGCCACACUUUCAAGCUGCGGCUGUGGCAGCUGCAGCGGCCGCUCAACCAGCCGCAUAUUGUGAUCAGUACAGCCCGUUUCUAGAUUGUGAAGGUUUCAACAAUCCGGCAACAGCUGCCGCGGCACUUUACUGCAAUGCCGCUUAUCCGGCGGCCAGUUUCUACAUGUCCAACUUUGGGGUUAAGCGCAAAGGAGGCCAAAUUCGUUUCACAUCGCAACAGACGAAAAAUCUCGAAAAUCGUUUCUCCAGCUCCAAGUAUCUGUCGCCAGAGGAGCGUCGCCAUUUGGCGCUGCAGCUGAAACUGACCGAUCGCCAGGUGAAAACAUGGUUUCAGAAUCGACGUGCCAAAUGGAGGCGUGCAAAUCAAACCAAACGGAGUGGAGCUGGCAAUGCCGCAGCCACGCCCAGCAGCAGUAGUUCCGCCUAUGGAGCGGGGAGCAAUCAGAAUGUGGCCAACAGAAAUGGCCGAAAUAUGCAGCAGGCUCAAAGCGAUGAUGAGGAUCGCAUGUAUCUGUCAGACGAUGAAGAGGACGAUGACGAGGAUGAUGCCGAGCGAUCAGAAGAUCCAGUCAUAAGUUAAUUUUAUUAUUUAGCUCAUUACACAUAGUUAGUUUAAAUAAAUUCAAUAAUUUUUAUUUA